AUGGAUGAUGACGCUGAUGAUCAAUACAAUAUUUACCACAACAAUCUUCUUGUCCAUUCCACCUAUUCAUCGUCUGGAUCAAAUUCUUCAAAUCUUUCCAUGGGAAAUCAAUCACUACUACGUGAAAUUGAAGAGAAAUUGGAUGCAAGACCUCUCUCCGAUCAAGAAACACUUUCUAGAUUUGUAAUCACCAGCAAGAAGAAUUCAGCUCAAACCAGAAGGAUAAGAACCUAUUCAAGCUCCAAUGAAGAAGAAGAGUCAUGGCCAACUCAUGACGAGACGACUACAGGAGAUACCUCACCUUGGUUUAAUAACACAGCCAUCACCGCCACCUCUAAAGAAGGACGAACGAGAGCACGCGUGCCAUCACGACCUAGUUCCAAUGAAGAAGAAGAAGAAUCAAACAACAAGCCUCUCGCUCGACCAGAAGAACCCAACAACGGUGCCGUUGCCCGAAUUGGAACAAAAAAUAUUUCGUCGCAUCAACAACCACUCCCCACCAACUACACACUCACUGAAGAUCACUCUUGUACCUCGCGACAGCCACCCCACUCGGGCAAUCAUACAUAUCAUCACCACUUUUCUCCAACCUCAUCAUUCAUCAUGUCUUCGACGUCGAACAAUAGCUCUUCCUCUGUUCCACAAAUUUAUACUAAAAGUAGUGGUAAUGACCCAAAUGAUCCUAUGAAUCGAUACGAUACAGUGGCACCAGAAUUAGGAGUCGGAUUGGAACGAUGGAAAGCUAUUAGACAAGCAUGGGUGACCGGAGCGUUUUGUAAAGAUAAGAAAACAAUACCGAGUAACUCUCAAAAUGAAGACCACAGAGAUUCGGUCGAUGUUGAUGCCAUUGUCGAACAUUUGGUCAAUCCAAAGAAACCUUCUUUCCAAAAGCCAAUACCACUCAAUGAAAUGAUCCAAAUAUUAUUAGAGAUAUGGGAAUCCGAUGGACUUUUUGAAUAG